GACGUAUUUCAUUAAAGUUUUCGCGGCGUGUCGAAAAUGAAUUCAACGUGCGUGUGAUACGAACAGACUCCCGCUAACUGGACUCCCUCAUCACUCCCAUCGCUCGCACCCUCUUUGUCCUCAUCUCGAUCAGCCGGCCUUCAUUCAUCAACUGCACUUUGCUCCCACGGUCACCCUCGCCUUCUCGCUCCUGCACCAAAAUGGCGACUGUCGAUGCGCUCAAGAUCCCCGAGAUAAACCUGCUCAUUGCCAGAUAUCUAGAGAGGCCGCACUUGGUCGCUUGCCUUUCCGUUUGCAAAACCUGGCAUCAAACAUUCCUGCCCUUUGUCUGGAAGCGAAUCAUCAUCGGAACAAGCCGCUUCGUAGAAGGGUUCAGUCCCUCGCCCGAGGCCAUGAAGCAGCACCGCGGAUUGGUACAGGAACUUCAGACGGACGACUUGCAAUUAGCGCUGUAUGCCAUACAUUACCCCAACCUCCGCACCUUACAGCUCACCCGACCAUUUGAGCUGGAUGCCGAAAGUGGCUCCCAAGUGUAUCGUCAGACCGACAAGCUCGUUGAAGCCUUCCUCUCCCGGAACCCCUCGGUCACCAAGCUGACGCUCAGGUGCAAAUCCUCUCCAAGGACCAUCUGGGGAACGAUCUCACACCUCGCUGGCCUACGGGAGCUGAUCCUUCAUGAAUCGUUCAUCAAACGUGAGGACUCGGAUGAUUUCUGGAGCGUCUGCAUGCAGCUCGAAUGCCUCGAAUUGCAUGACACGACGGUGGAGAGCAGGCGUCCACUGAGCGCCGGCAACUUUCCGCGGAUGCGUAAGCUCAUGCUGUCCAGCGUGGGGGGCCUCAGUACGCCCGAUCAGCUCGAGGUCAUAAAGGACUGCCCGCUUUUAAAGGAUCUGCAGUGGUAUUCGAAAACAAUGACCGCUGUCAGCAAGAACAUGUUUGUCCUCCAUGUCGCCGCAGGACUAUGGCCGUAUCUCGAGCGAUUACAUAUGAUGAACAUCCUCGGGGACAGCGAUCUGGCAACAAUUCUCGAUGCACAGCAGCAAAUGACAUUUCUCUGGUUAUCUGGAUCUGGGUUUGGACCGCUUGCGUUCCAGGCAUUGCGGCGUCACUUUGGCGUGAUUUCAGAGCUGGGUUUAGCGGAUUGUGUCAAUGUUACGAGCGUCAUGUUUCGGGACAUCCUAUGUUCAUGUCCGCGGAUGGAAUUCCUUGUGGGCCAAGGCGUUUUGGCCAAGGAUAUUGUCGAGGGUGGACCGUGGGUAUGUCGUUCAAUGAGAGAUUUAGGCCUCCCCAUUUGGUUCGGUGCAGGCGAAGAGAGUCUCCAGCCAAAAAUCUUCCAGCGGCUUUCGGAGCUGGUGCUGUUGGAGCAAUUCGAUAUGAGUGUCUUUCAGGAGGAUGAUCCGAUGCCUGGUCUGGAUCCCAUGCCAGAUCUGGAUCCGUUGGAUUUCCGACUGCAGAGUGGGCUGGGGGCCCUGUCGGGCUUAAAAAGGCUUCGUGUUCUUACGGUGUCCGGUACGAGACAGUCUGCGGACAUAAAAGAGGCCGCAUGGAUGGUGUCCAACUGGAGGGACCUCGAAGUGAUUCAUGGGAGGUUGAACGAGAUUGAUGAUUACAAUGACAAACUCGAGGGCCUCCUUCUAUACCACAAUGUGUUCUACGACUGGUCCAUCUGAACCCUUGACAAUAAAAUCGUCGACUAUGUAAAGAGACUUGCUGUCGUAAUGAAUG